AUGGCAGAAUCCUCUGCCAGGUCAGACGGUGAUCUGACCCCAGAGUCGCUCUGUCCCUCGUUGGUUGCGUCCCCAUUUUCUCCCACCACACUUGGGUUCCCCCUUGCUCUUGGCGCUCCCUCGUUCCCAAUUCCCGCACCCUGUGGGUUAUCGCCCCGGGGGUUUACCCCAUUGUUCUGGGUUCUCCUUCGCUCCCCAGUUGUUCUCGUCAUGUGUGUUCCCUCCUCCUCCUCCAACGAGAUUUCCUCCGAUGGCCGGUGUUCUGCUCGACUCGGCCCGCCCGUUGCGGUGCUCCCGCCGGGAUCCACGUUGCUUCCCCUCUCCCGUCACUUGUUCCCGCAGAUGGCAAAUGACGCUCUUGCCCUUGUGGCAACUGCCCUUGCAGAAGCCAGCCCAGGAGGGGUCCCGGGGGACCAACUACAGAAGUUUCGGCGUCCGCACCGGCGACCGGCGCAUCCUCCUCGGUCCGUGCUCCGCCCUGUUCCCCUGUCGCCGCCGUCGCCACCGCAGCCGGUGCAGACGCCGUUACAGGCUCCGGUGACGCCGUCAGCUCCACCGCCACGGUCGGUUCUUGAGCCACUGGUGGUCCCGUCUCCCCCAGUUGCCGUGCCUGGGGGAUGGGAGAGGGUGAGGCUGAGCCGCCGCCAGAGGCAGCGUCAGGCCCGCCAGGCUCACCAGCAGCCGUCGUCUCAGUCGCCUCAGCAGCAACCCCCUCCAGCCCCGCAGCAGCUGCAUCCUCAACCGUCGCGGCCACCUCUGUCUCAGACCCCAUUGCGCCACUUCCCCCUACCGCCUCGGCCGCAGCCGCCUCGCCCCCCGUCGUCUCUUGUUCCUCCGGCGCCUCCCGAUGUGCAGUUAUUCCCACACGUUCCACGGGAUCCUCAUGUGGCAGCGACUCCUUUCCACGUCGAGCAGCACGUGAUGCACGUGGGGACGUGUUUGACGUUGCUGUCCUACGUGCUGGACCAACUCCAUGUGUGUCUGGCGCGGCAGGGUGUGGAGGUUGGGGGGAUAUUGCCGUCGGAGCAGUCAGCGGCGGUGUCCGCCGCAAGGGAGAUGCUGCAUUAUCUCCCCCUGAUCGGGCUUGUCCAGGGCGCCCCUGGUGCUGCGCUCGGGCCCGGCCCUGGGGCAAUGCUGCGGCUUGCUGAGUCUGCGCAGGGGGCCCCUCUUGGUCUUGUGUCAGCCGCCGCAUCCGUCCUACGCUGGAUGGACGGGAGGCUGUGCUGGAUACUCUCCGAGUAG